UCAGUUGCGUUUUAAGCUUAUAAAAAUGGUGUUUUAACCUACCUUUUUUUAAUCUCUCUCUCUCUCCAUCGAAAACGUUUGUUGUUAAGAUGCGUCAAAAGGAAGGUUUUGAGUCUCGUUUACGCCAAAUAGGUCGUCGUCGUCCUAUUCCAUUCUCCACCCCUCCAACGCCAUUACUAUAAAGAACCAACCCUUUUCCUUCUAAACCCAACCCACCCUCUCUCCUUCUCUUUACCCAUCUCCCCAUCUUCUUGUUCUUAUCGUUUUUCUUCUCUCUCUGUUUCUCUCUGUCUCUACCUCUGUGUUUCUCUGAUUUUGAUGAUGGAAAGAUUGUAAGAACUCGACUGACUCCACCGCCCAAAGCUUUUUUGAGAGGUCCAGUUCUACAGGGUGGUUGAGUGAGUCUGCAAUCUUUAUAUAGGAUAUUUUGCUUAAUUUGUCGACAUGGAGAAGCUAAAUUUUGUUAAGAAAGGAAUAGUAAAACUACCUCCAGGCUUCAGAUUCCAUCCUACGGACGAAGAGCUCGUCCUUCAGUAUUUGAAGCGCAAGGUGUUUUCUUUUCCAUUGCCCGCUUCAAUCAUCCCUGAGGCCGAUGUCUGCAAGAACGAUCCAUGGGAUUUACCAGGUGAUUUGGAGCAAGAGAGGUACUUUUUCAGCACCAAAGAAGCCAAGUAUCCCAAUGGAAACAGAUGCAACAGAGCAACAGGUUCUGGUUACUGGAAGGCAACUGGAAUUGACAGGAAAAUCGUAACUUCGACAACCAACCAAGUGGUGGGGAUGAAGAAAACUCUGGUUUUUUACAGAGGAAAGCCACCACAUGGUUCUAGAACGGAUUGGGUCAUGCAUGAAUACAGACUUGCUUCUUCUGUGGCUGCGCCUUCGGUUCUCCCAGAAAAGAACGCAACCCAAAAUUCUACUGUGGACAUGGAAAAUUGGGUUCUCUGUCGCAUAUUUUUGAAGAAAAGGAGUACUAAAAACGAUGAAGAGAACUUCUCCCAACCCUGGAAGGAGAACAGAGUCGGAAAUCUCAGGAUGGGUCGGCCUAGUUUCAUUGAUUUCAUGAGGGUCAAAAACAAGAAUGAACCAGUUCCAGCUCCUGUUCCCUCUUCAUCUUCUUCCUCGUGUUCAGGUUCAAGUGGCAUCACAGAAAUCUGUUCCAGUGGAUCAGAUCAUGAAGAGAGCAACAGCUGUUGCAACAGUUUUUCUUCAUCAUAUUGUAGUAGAGAUUCAUGAAAGCUCUUUUUGGUUGAUCCUGUAACACAAAUUGAGGUUUUACCAUUCCACCCCGCAAUGAAAAUAACGAAGUAAAUUAUCUCCA